CGGUUUGGGUGUCAUGUGACCAAAUUGGAGUCUUAUGAUGCGAGACUUCCUGUUGUAGUCGGAUGAUACAGAGACACGGUGUUACAAACACACCACGAUAUCACACAGUAUGCAUUUGCCGAUUGAAGCUCCCACCUGCAGGUGAUCUUCUCCACCUAAUCAGCUUCCUCCCUCCAUCACCAUGCCCACUGACCAGCAGACCACUCCUCUACCUCAACCCAGCCCAGAGUGCUUUUCCUGGGACUAUCGCCUUCAGCUCAUCAGCCUUGGCUUUGGGUUCUACAUGACUGUAUUUAUCUUCUGCCAUCUCCUGUCACUAGCUCUGUGCUACACUUACAAGGCUCUCCCAGCCAAAGAGAAGGUCUUCUGGAACCUUGCAGCCACUCGGGCAGCGUUUGGCAUUCAGAGCUCUGUGGCAGGACUCCGGGCUCUGACUGAGGAGUCUGCCAUAAGCAAAGACAAAGUGAUUGGCCAGGAAGACUGGUCAUGGUUUCAUGUCCUCACAGCUACCGGCUUUUUUGUGUUUGAGAAUGUGGCACUACAUUCAUCUAGUGUCGUGUUCCGGUCAUUUGACUUGCCCUUGGCCACACACCAUUUCUUCGCCCUGUCAGGAUUUGCAGGUGCUGUGGUGUUUGAUUCUCAAGGACACUUCCUGGCAAUGGUUACUCUCCUCCUGGAGAUAAGUACACCUUUUACCUGCAUCUCCUGGAUGUUGCUGAAGGCUGGCUGGGCUCGCACUCUGUUCUGGAGAGCCAACCAGUGGGUGAUGAUCCACAUGUUCCACUGCCGAAUGGUGCUCACUUAUUACAUGUGGUGGGUGACUCUGACCCACUGGGAGGGGAUAAACACCCAUGUGGCGCUGUUCCAAAGACUGAUCUUCUUCUCUGGACUCGCACUGCUCACAUUUAUCAUCAACCCCAUCUGGACGCACAAGAAGACCAUGCAGCUGCUAAAUCCCGUGGACUGGAACUUUGGAAACAAGCUGGCACCGGUUAAUGACAUUGCAGAGAAUCAGUCUGGGGUUUCUAGAAAACCCCAUAAAAACUGAAAAGCAUUUACAAGAUCCCAAUCUGUUGAACUUACACUGCUUUUGUAUUCCACUUCUGAUAAUUUAUGUUUGAGAUUAACACUUUUAAGAGCAUGAAAAGCUAUUUGGUUGUAUAGGGUUAUCUAAUCAUGCUGCGUGUCGCAACAGUUUUCCAUCAUGUUGUCUUCCAUAGAUUUGUUUCAAUUUACUAUUUUUUUAAUCUUGUUUGGGGUAGAAAAUGGUGUAUUUUUAAAUUAGUUUUGUAAAAGAUAUCUAAUACUCUCUGUUUUGGAAAAAAAAUACAAAUAAGCUGUUUCCUCGAGCUCUGCACCUGUCACACACGCACAACAGAGUUUUUGUUUAAUUUGAGGAAACUGACUUAUUUGUUGGAUCCAUUAAAACCUAAAUGGACAAAUUAGUUUGCAGUAGUCUCGGAGUGCAAGUCUUCCCACGUCAGUGCAGCAGAGAUUUGUCAGGGCACACAAAAAGCUUUUCUUCUUUAUCAAUGGAAGAAAGCGCUGGAAUUGUUGCCUUCACAAAGGCCUUACUGUCUGAAAUGGAGAUGCAGUAUGACAAAUGUGAAUCAACGAUGACAACAGAACAAGCAAGUCAUAUUGAAACCAAGAUGUAUUUUUAAAAUAUGAAGAAAUAUACCUUAAGCUGCAGAAGUCGGGUAUAUUGAAAACUAACAUUAUUGGAUAUUUGCUUAGACUUGCUGCAUUGUAUUGGGUCUUUGCAUAAUGCUACAUCUGGCAAGGGGAUUUUUUUUAUCUGUGCUACAAACAUUUGCUAUAUAUUUAUAUGCUUUUUUUAAUGUAAAAAUUUAAACUUGACCUGAAAAUGUCCUCAAAAUGCCACAUUAACUUUUAAAGGGGCAGUAUUCAGUUUUGUUUUUGUUUUUUUUUCAGUUGUACAUGUGAUAAUGUCAUUCCCUCAUCAAAAAUAUACCUGGAAUGUUGCUUUGAUUCUUCACUCAUGUUUUUGAACUCCUUUAAUUUCCCAUGGCAACCAUUUAGGUGUAGAAAACGCUUUGUCUCAUCAAGUGCUGCCUUUUCCACACAGCUUCUCCUCAAGCGUUUGCCUCACAGAACUCUUCUCUCCUUCAACUUCCCCAUUCAGCAGCAGCAAUUAGCAAACACCCGGUGAAACCAUGCAUCUGCCGAGCUCUAUGUACGAAAUAAGUGUAAGAAUGAUGUUGUCAUGACUCGGAGUGCCGGAAAGAGCAGGAGCUUCUUAAAGAGAUAGAAGCCCAGUUUCAAGGCAUUAAAUUGUAAAGUCAAAUUACUUUUAAGUCGUGUGAUACAGCAUUUUUUGUAACAAAUUACGGUAACAGUUAUUUGAUUGUGCUAUAAAAUGUCAAAAUGUCUCUGGAAAUAUACAUAAUACUGCCCCUUUAUAUGCCAAAAUCAUGGGUACUAUAGACUAUAUGAAAUUGCCUUUUUGAAUUAAAGCAAUAUACACUGGAAUAAGACAUUUUAGCAGAUAUUGAUUAUUCUGUUCUGGAUUGAAUAUUCUUUAAUUCAUGUCAAAACAAUAUUUAUUUGGUCUAGAUAGUUUCAAUUGGAAACACAGGAUUGUAUGUUUGUGUGGCCUAUGAAUAUGACUUUCAAAAUAAAAAAGAUUUCUGAU